AUGUCAAGCGCAAAAGUGACACACGGUCGUGCCUUUCGACGUACUGAUGACUAUACUCCCGGCACACCCAAAUUGAAAUUCGUGGAGGAAGCAUUACCGCUACCACUUGCUCCCACGGCCGUUUUGAUCAAGGUUCAUGCCGUAGCUCUCAACUACCGCGAUGCCAAUAUUGCCAAUGGAGGAAAUCCAUGGCCAGUCAUAGCCAAUGGAAUCCUGUGCAAUGAUGCAGCGGGUGAGGUCAUUGCUAUUGGUGACAAAGUCAAGUGUUUGUCUGUUGGAAAUAGGGUCAGUCCCGUUACAGACACCGGAUUUAUCUCAGGGCGCGAGGGGAAACGAUCGUGGCUGGCGGCAGAUGAAGAUGGUGUCAUGGCGGAUCAUAUCGUCUUUGAUGAGGAGUGUCUGAGUAAAAUCCCCGACUACUUGAGCUGGGUUGAUGCUUCUAUAGUACCAUGUGCUGGCGUGACUGCCUGGUCGGCGUUGAAGGGCAUGGAGAUUGGGCAGACGGUGUUGAUUCAAGGAACUGGAGGUGUGAGUGUCUUCGCCAUGAAGCUUGCAAGAGCUGCAGGACUUCGCAUUAUUUUGACCUCCUCAAGUGAUGCAAAAUUGGAGCAAAUGAAAGAAAAAUAUUCAAAUCCACCGAUCCUCACUGUUAACUAUGCACGGACACCCGACUGGGACGAAGAAGUCCUGAAGCUUACCGGAGGGGUAGGUGUUGAUAUCGUGGUCGAAAAUGGUGGAGCUGGAACCUUGAUGAAGAGCUUGAGAUGUACUCGACGAGGUGGUGUUGUCAGUCAAGUUGGAUAUCUUUCGAAACAGGUCGAACCAAAUACCUUGCGCGAGCUUGUUCCCACUCUCAUUGACCGACGAAUCAACUUGAGGGGCAUAAAUGCCGGCUCUAAAUUUGACAUGGAGGAUUUGCAUGCUGCCCUAGCUGCCGUUGAAACACCACUGAAUGAUCUUAUUGACAGGACUUUCUCGUUUGAGCAGGCCGAGGAAGCCGUGGAGUACGUAUGGCAAGGCAAGCAGAUCGGCAAGAUUGUGCUCCGUCUUUGA